AUGGAUGUUGAAAAUCAAAAUAAUUUACCAUUAGCGCGACCGUAUCGCAGUCGUUGGCGUAGUCUGUUUUCUGCUAAAGGAUUAUACGAAUCGUUACAACCAUUAUUUCUAUUGCUUUACUGGCAUGGCUUGAUGGUGUAUUCAAUUAAAGCGAACGCUGAUGGAAAGAAAGAAUUGCGACAUUCGUUGUGGAGUCAUUUGAAUGUUUUCUUUCAUCUAACGCUUUACAUUGUCUGCUACAUUAUGACUUUAAUGAAUAAUUUUGAAUCGGUAGCCGGUUAUUUUUUCCAAUCGAAAAUAUCGCGUUUCGGUGAUUUUAUGCAAAUAUUAAGCGGCUUCAUCGGUGUUACAGUGAUUUAUAUAACAGCCAUUAUACCUAAACAUUAUGUGCAGAAUUGCUUGCAAUUCAUACAAGAAAUCGAUCAGUGUUUGCAACGGGUCGGUGUACGCAUUAUGUACAGUAAAAUAUUACGUUACAGUUGCAUCUUUAUAGUGGCGAUGAUUCUUAUCGAUAUUUUAUAUACAACGGCGAGUUUUCAAAUAUUAAAAUCAGCGAAUGAAGAACCGUCUCUCUAUCUGCAUAUAACGUUCAUAUUACAGCAUACGGUGGUAUUGACAGCGAUAGCGAUGUUUUCAUGUUUCACUAAACUAAUAGAAGCCCGCUUUACCAUGUUACACAAGGUCCUUCAAAAUCUUUACCGUCAAUGGGAAACGCGCAGUAUUAAAACGCUUAGCCGUAAACAGAAAUCGCUGCAAUGCUUAGAUUCUUUCUCCACGCAAACCAUUGCGUCGAAGAGUCCUUGCGAAAUAGUGCAGGAAUCUAUGGAAAUUCAUCAGCUUAUAUGCGAAGCGGCCUCAAUGGCUAAUAAAUAUUUCACCUGUCAACUGUUGACGAUAAUAGCGUCAGCAUUUUUGAUAAUUGUAUUUGAUGCCUACUAUGUCUUGGAGACGCUCUUGGGAAAAUCGAGACGUGAAAGCAAAUUUGAGACGAUAGAGUUUGUCACAUUCUUUUCAUGUCAAAUGAUUUUGUACAUAAUUGCCAUCAUAUCCAUAGUGGAGAGCAGCAAUCGUACCAUUAAGAAGAGCGAGAAAACUGGAGGUAUUGUUCACGCCUUGCUAAACAGGGCUAAGACUCUGGACGUCAAAGAGAAAUUACAACAAUUUUCCAUGCAAUUAAUGCAUUUGAAAAUCGAUUUUACCGCAGCUGGUUUAUUCAAAAUUGAUCGUUCGUUAUAUUUUACGAUCAGCGGCGCUUUAACUACUUACUUAACAAUAUUACUACAGUUUACUGGUAACUCGCCACCAGGUCUUUCACAGGAUUGUGCAGUCAAAUCCCCGAUGACUGCGCUCUCUCUCCCAGCAGUUCUUAUAAAUUCUACAUCAAUAUAA